AGAGAGGAGCGGAGAGCAUGUGUGAGCGCUUACAACGCUAGGAGCUCUCUUCUGGGAUAAUCAAGAGUUGGGAUGAGCCGGAUCCUCUUUUAGCAGCAGCGGGCUCAGGAGUGGCUGCGGAAGCCCCAGGGGCGCGCGGGACCCAGUGGCUCUGGGGGCAGUGGAACAGCCCCUGCGGGCCGCGCCGUGCUACCGCUUAGGCGUACAAAGGUAAAGGCGGCCGCAGCCCUAGUGGACUUGCACCGUCCCGGCGUUCCCAUCCCUUCUCUUCCUCUCUCGAAGGCAAAAAAGGCUGGCCGGGCAGCGAGGUCCUAGCUCUGCGGGUCCCCACCCUUCCUGCUGACAGGCUGGCUGUCCUUGGAUGAGGUCGUCGAGGCUGCUCCCUGGUGAAUCCUCAGGCGGGUCUCAGCCACCAUCUCUCUCCACUGCUCCAUCCCUCUGAGAGGAGUAGAUGCUGCUGCUGCCCCCACCCCCGCCACCACCUCCGCCAGGGCUGAUGGAUGCUGGGGAGUGCCGCAUUGCUUAGUGACUCUGCCUCGCGGUUUGCUGGAAAGGAAGCAGACAGCAGUGAGGAGAACCGGAGGCCAGAGUGUGGUGUGGAGGUGACAAGUACCAGGUAUAUUGUUGGACACACAAAGAGAGAAUCAGAGUAGACAGCUUGGAUACAAGGGGACAAUGACUCAUUUGCAAGCUGGCCUCUCUCCUGAGACUUUGGAAAAAGCUCGCCUGGAACUCAAUGAGAACCCAGACACUCUGCACCAGGACAUCCAAGAAGUAAGGGACAUGGUCAUCACUAGGCCGGACAUUGGCUUUCUGCGCACAGAUGACGCUUUCAUCUUACGCUUCUUGAGGGCCAGGAAAUUUCAUCACUUCGAAGCUUUUCGCCUCUUGGCCCAGUACUUUGAGUACCGGCAGCAGAACCUGGAUAUGUUCAAAAGCUUCAAGGCCACUGACCCUGGCAUCAAGCAGGCACUGAAGGAUGGCUUUCCUGGGGGCCUGGCCAAUCUGGACCAUUAUGGGAGGAAGAUUUUAGUCCUUUUUGCUGCCAACUGGGAUCAGAGCAGGUACACACUGGUGGAUAUUUUGCGUGCCAUCUUACUUUCUUUAGAAGCCAUGAUUGAAGAUCCAGAGCUUCAAGUAAAUGGAUUUGUUUUGAUCAUAGACUGGAGUAACUUCACCUUCAAGCAAGCUUCUAAGCUUACACCAAACAUGCUGCGACUUGCAAUUGAAGGUCUUCAGGACAGCUUCCCAGCAAGAUUUGGAGGAAUUCAUUUUGUCAAUCAACCUUGGUAUAUCCAUGCCCUGUACACUGUGAUACGCCCAUUCCUGAAAGAGAAGACUCGGAAAAGGAUAUUUUUGCAUGGUAACAACCUGAACAGUCUACACCAACUAAUUCAUCCUGAGAUCCUACCUUCUGAGUUUGGAGGAAUGUUGCCCCCAUAUGACAUGGGCACAUGGGCACGAACCCUGCUAGACCAUGAGUAUGAUGAUGACAGUGAGUACAACGUGGAUUCCUAUAACAUGCCUGUGAAGGACGUGGACAAGGAACUCUCCCCCAAAUCCAUGAAGAGAUCUCAGUCAGUAGUGGACCCUACAGCACUGAAACGAAUGGAUAAAAGUGAAGAAGAAAACAUGCAGCCUUUACUUGCUCUGGACUGAGAACUUCUCCACCCCUACACCAUGGAUUAAAAAUGGGAGGUCCUGGCUUUCAGCAACAGGGACAACACUGUGGGAUUGACCUGCUGGAAAACUUUACUCAUGUUCAUGUAGCAUAAUGCACACGACAUCUGGCUUUCACAUUUGCCUAAACCAUGGGUGCCCUGAGCUAGAUUUUAAAAAGUCAAUAAUUUAUUCUGUAAGUGCCAAGUUCUUUGUAAAUACAAUAUUGUGGUCACAUCUAGUUUGUAAAUUUUGUUAGUAAUUUAGUUUGGGAAAGAUUGACUCACAUGUUUGAGCCAGUGAUAUGGACUACAAUAAGAAGCUUAAGGACAUGUAACCUAUAAAAUUUAAUUAAAUGUAUCCCUGUUUCCUAUGAAGCCAUAUAUCUGCUAUCAUAGUGAUUAUUUCAAUAUUUUCCUACAAAACACUGUCAUUAUUCAAAUAUACUUGGGUCACAGAAGGUUAAUUAUCUCCUGGAAAUUGUUAUUAUUAAUGUUUUCCUGCUUAGUAAUUUUUGUUUCAGAGGAACUUUUCUGGAACCAUCACUGGCUGCAUUCUGAAGAAAGAAAAUGGCUGAUGAGCUGGAAAACUGAACCAAAUGGCAAAUCGUCUCCGUUGUGUGAUUUAGAGUUUUUUUUUUCAAGAAAAUGUUUUUUCCCAAUUAAGAUGAGGAAUUCUAAAAAAGAAUGGGUUUUUUGUUUUUGUUCGUUUGUUUUUGUCUAAAUGAUUGUCUUAACAAUGUUCCUUUACUUAAGUUGCCAUUGUAACCCCUAUCUGAUAUACUUUAGAAUAUAUUUUCACCCAAAGUAAAUGAGAGUUAGUUCCUGAAUCAUUUUGACAAUUUUGCACAUAAAAUUUGUCACUUGAAGAUGAGGGCUAAUUUCAGAUCAUUGUGGAAAUGUUGAAGAUAUAAAUAAUUACUAACAACAUAUAUAGUUUUAUUGACUUUUAAUAAAUUCUUGAUAAGACAGGC